AUGAUAUGUAAGUUGCACGCUUUGGAAGUCCUUGAUGUGUCCAAUAACCAAUUGAUUGGUCAGAUUCCACAAUGUUUGUUGAACUCAAGCAAUUCUCUUGUAGUGGUGGCUAUGAGAAAUAACCACUUUCAAGGAAACUUGCUUGAAACAUUCAUAAAUGGAUGUAGUUUAAGGACACUAGACUUGAAUAACAACGAAAUACAAGGAAAGAUUCCACGAUCUUUAGUUAAAUGUCAAAUGCUAGAAGUUCUGAAUCUUGGAAACAACAAAUUGAAUGAUGCAUUCCCUUUUUGGUUGGAGUCUUUACCAGAGUUAAAGAUUCUUGUCUUGCAAGGUAAUGGAUUCUAUGGUCCUAUAUGGGAUCCUUGUAUAAAUUUUGGCUUAUCCAAGCUGCAUGUCAUUGACCUCUCUCACAACAAUUUCUCUGGCAAGUUACCAUCUGAGUACUUUCAAAACUGGAGUGCAAUCCUAGACAAAAACCCAUCACAAUCAGGGUACAUGGGAGAUGACUCCAAUUAUUACAAAGAUUCAAUGACUGUAGUGAAUAAGGGAGUGGAAUUGAUAUUUGAAAAAAUCUUGACCAUCUUCACAGCUAUUGAUCUCUCUAACAAUAGGUUUUGUGGAGAAAUUCCAGAUAGUGUGGGGAACCUCAAGGCAUUAAUUGUUCUCAAUUUAUCAAGCAAUAACUUUAUGAGCCAUAUCCCAUCAUCGUUGGGAAACCUAGUUGCGCUUGAAUCUUUGGAUCUUUCUCGAAAUAGCCUCUUUGGUGAAAUCCCUAUGGAGCUAACAAGUCUAACAUUUAUGGAGUAUUUAAACCUCUCUCAAAAUCAACUUAGUGGUCCAAUUCCACAAGGUCGACAGUUUUUGACAUUUCAAAGUUCCUCUUUCGAGGGAAACUCUGGAUUGUGUGGCUUUCAAUUGUCAAAAAAUUGUGGAAAUAAUGAGAAACCAACUUUUGAAAUGAAACAUGAAUCAUCAUUGGGAGAAGGAUUUGGUUGGAAAGUGGUAGUGAUUGGAUAUGCUUGUGGAUUGGUAAUUGGAUUGCUUACUGAACAUGUUGUCACCUCAAGAAGGACGGAUUGGCUAAUGAGAUAUUUUGGAGUGAACUUACGUAGGUGA